CCGGCUGCUAGAUGCUCACAGGUGCUUCCGAAAAGUUUCCCACGUGACCUCCCCCCCAUCCCCACCCCCUCAGUCCCUCAUUGUUUGAAGUCUUCACAAAGAGCGCUUCCACCGUCCAUCAGCAUCAUGCUUCGGGUCGGUACCAGAGACCCACGCGCUGGAUGAAUGGGGACAGGACGGCGGGUUAUACGCACGAGCUGCUUCUUCCACACUUCCAGCGCUUUCACUGGCCGUUCUGGUGGUGUGUGUAUGUAUGUGUGUGUGUGUAUGUCACAAAGUUUUCUCGCUCAUUAUCAUGCCUUACAGUGGAGUAUGCGGGAAUACACACCGGCCGGGCCAGAGUCGAUGAUGAUUAAACGUGGGUGUGAUGAUUUUCUGGGACUUUAAGGAAGGAGGUCCGAGAGAGUUCACGCGCAAGAUCUUCCAGCUUCAGAGAUUAACCUGUGGGAGAGAUGGCGGAGGAAAUCCUCAACGAUUUCUAUCCGGAUUUUAACGAGCUGGAGAGUAAGGUCGGGAGGAAAACGCCGGAAAGUCUCCUGGUUUGGAUGAAGGACGCCGCUGCGGACUGCGAGGGAUGGACAGCUGACCCGUCGGGCCGCUCGGAUCACACCUCGGAUGGUUUAUCUGAUAAAAUCAACACCUUGAAACAAGAGAUGCGGUGGCUCCGCUGUGCCGACGUGAGGAUCCUGCGGCAGCUGGUGGCCGUGCACGAAGGCAUUGAGGCCAUGCGCUGGCUGAUGGAGGAGAGGGGUCUCCAGACCAGCCGGUGCAGCAGCUUAUCGGGCAGCCUGAGCAGCUUGGUGACCAUCGAGGAGCACGUUCCCUCAAUGUCUCCCUGCAGAGAGGACCCAACUCCUGCUUUCCUUCAGGAUCUAAGGCUAACAGCCAAUACAAAACCAGCAGAUCAAAACCCACCACGCGCCGAGACGUCUGAACUCCAGUCUCCCUCCGAAUCAAUCCAAGUUGAAAGUUACGCUCAGGCUCCACUUCCUGCCGCCAACAGUUUGGACAGCGCUGACACGCCCAAAUCGGAAGCCCUGGAGUUGGGUUCGGCGCGGUUUCACAUCAGAAACGGCGCCGAGACCAUCAAGAGAGCUCUGCUCAGGUCCAGCAGAAGAAAGCAACUGAAAGCUGCCAGUCAGGACGCAGGAGAGAAAAACUCUGAACGUCCAACUCAGCAGAGUUUAUCUGUGUUCAAUAGACAGGAAGUGAAGAAGGACGAGGAUGAGUGUUCAGCUGGUGGGGAGAAAGACUUACUGGGUUAUGAUGCUCAGUGGUGCUGGGUGGAGUCCAAGGAUGAUGUCACAUUUUUAUGAUCUUCCAUGCGGACAUUUUAAGUUACAGCUUUGCCUUUUAAACUGUAAGCUUCUGGAGAAAAGGUGGAACUUAAAAUGAACUUUGACACCAAGUGAAACUUGAACGUAUUUAAUGCAGAUUUAUGCUUCGGCCAACUCAGGAAGUCCUGUUUGGAGUUCUCCACAAGCCAGGAGGACACGGCAAAUGUUCAGUUCAAAAAUACUUUAUUGAUCCCAAAGGGAAAUUAAAUAACUUAACAUACAUAUACAUAAACAAGUGGGAGAAGGUGAUAUUAUCAGAUGAGACCAAAAUGAACUUUUUGAACUUCAUGCAAAACAGUUUGUGGAAUAGAAAGUUAACAAUGCAAUAUAAUGAUGACUAAAGGUGUUUCCAGAAAAUAUUGAUUUGAGCCUGAAUAUAAAUACACCUCACACUUUUCAGGUUAUUUGUACAAAAUAAAUAAAACAAUUCAAAACCA